AUGGCUGGAUUCCUAUUCCUGCUAGUGAUUAACUGGGUCAUGCGAAAAACCGUAGAGCGCAAGAGAACCGGGAUUCGAUGGAACUUUACAACCGUGGUGGAGGACCUAGACUUCGCAAAUGACCUCGCCCUCCUAUCCUCAGCAAUGAACCACUUUCAGAACAAAACAACAAAACUUGAAGACAAUGCAGCCAAAGUUGGACUGAAGCUGAAUACCAAGAAGUGUAAUGUCAUGAAAGCCAGCAGCAAGAAUGAUGAUAAGCUGAGGGUUGGAGGAAGUGAACUGGAGGAGGUGGAGAGCUUCACAUAA